AUGUCGGAUAUUGAAAAAUUAUCUACUCCGGAAACGGACACAAAAACCAUAGAUAAUAAAAUACAAACUUUUGCCAAUACCAUACACGGUGAAAAAAAAAAUUUAGAAAGAAAUUUAGAAAAAAAAUUAGGAGGAGGAAGCGGACGGGAAAGUUCAAAAAGUUCUAAUAAAGAUGUUGAUGAUAACAAUAAAAUGAAAGAAGAAAAAUGGUCGAAAAUGUCAUCGAUGGAAGAAGAAGCAUUGAGAGAACGAACUCGUGCAACAUUAUUAAAACAAUGUUCGGCAUAUUUAGCUGCUGACGGAUCGUCUAGAUACACGAGAGAAACUUUCAGACGUGUCUUUACCGAAAAAGUAAGUUUAUUUAAAAUUAACCGUUUGAAAAUCCCGAUGAUGACGUAG